AUGGAAGGAAUGGCAUCAAUAGCGUUGUUACUAGAUGGGUCAAUCUCGGGUCAUUUUGUUCAACUUCCCGAGUCCGUUUAUUACCAGAUGGGUCAAUCUCGUCUUUUCGUCUCAACUUCAUAUCUCUCUGUAAAGCAACCGACAACUUCAUAUAAGAAUCACAAGGGAAGGAUACUUGAACCAGUAGAAAAGCUGAAGGGUGGAUUAAGGAGCCGAAGUCCUAGACCAAGGUAUAGAGAUGAAUACAAGGGCUACAGGAGGAUAAGUCGCAGCAGUAGUAGGGACAGGUCUCCUCCACGUAGGAGUAGGUCACCUUCUAGAAGCAGAAGCCCUGAAGGAGGAGGAAAUGAGAAAGCAUCAACAUCAUCACCCUAUUCCCAUGGUAGAGCUAAUUCCAGAAGCCCUUUGCAGCGUUCUGAUUCCAAUGGUUUUCCUGGACCAAUGGGGUUGAUGAGUACUAGUCAUUUGGAACAAGAAGCUGCAGUACUUGCUUUGUCAACUUUGAUGACCAUAGCUCCUGCAGAAGUUUAUGCAGAAUUUGAAAAGGUUGCAGCCACUAAGAAUGUAUCAGCUUUUUUAGCAUCUGUUGGAAAGUGA